AUGAGUCUUCAAAGGAAAGGCAGAAGCUCGUCCCGCUGUCGAACUGGCACCAGAGAAAGCCCUCAGCCUCGACGUAUGCUCGCCAGGCCUUGGCUGAAACACCGCUCCAACUCUGCCCCCGUUGAGCCCUUGGACAGCCUGAAGAGCAGAAUCUGGUCCACGCAAUCCUUACACUGUCGGAAUCUGACCUGCUCCCACUGGGACAACUACACCCUCCCUGCCAACCUCCCCGAUAUUAGUGGGGUCACCGGCUCGGGCAUUCUGUUAGCACAUGUUCAACCUGACAGGCCUGGCUCGGCCAGCACCAGACCGUCUUACCUGCGUUUAGCCUCUGACCCAGAUGUGAAGGGGCCUCCGAGCCAUCGCUUCUCCUGUGGUCAGUCCCCCUUCUCCGAGCCCAGUGUCUGGGAAAGGAAGUACUGCAUCCUGACUGACAACCAGCUCAUCCUGCUGAACCGUGAGGAAGAGAUGCCUGCGGAGGUGCACGAGAGCCCGACGGCUCCGUCGGCGAAGACUCGCAGUCUGAGGAGGACGGUCAGCGUCCCCUCUGAGGGACAGUUUCCGGAGUAUCCAGCAGAGGGAACUUCAAUGCCGGAGGUAUCUGCAGAUUGCUCCCCCAGGCGGAGGAGCAUUUCUGGCCUCGGCAGCUCGGAGAAGAACGUCUCAGUGGAUGGACCCAACUCCUCACCCUUCAAAGUGCCUGGAUUUUUCAGUAAGCGGCUGAAAGGCUCAAUCAAGAGGACGAAGAGCCAGACCAAACUGGACCGCAACUCCAGCUUUAGGCUACCCUCACUACGCCCGGCUGACACAGACAGGUCGAGAGGCUUACCCAAACUAAAGGAGUCCUGUUCUCAUGAGUCUUUGCUGAGUCCGGGCAGCGCUGUAGAGGCUUUAGACCUCAGCAUGGAGGAAGAUGUCUACAUCAAACCCUUACACAGUAGCGUGCUUGGCCAGGAGUUCUGCUUCGAGGUGACCUACUCUGGGGGUAGUAAGUGCUUUAGCUGCGCCUCAGCUUCCGAAAGAGACAAGUGGAUGGAGAACAUCAGAAGAACCGUGCAACCAAAUAAGGAUAACUGCCGGCGAGCAGAGAACGUGCUCCGCCUGUGGAUUAUCGAGGCCAAAGACUUGCCGCCCAAGAAGCGAUACUUCUGUGAACUGUGCCUCGACGACGUGCUGUACGCCCGCACCACCAGCAAGCUGCGUGCCGACUCUCUGUUCUGGGGCGAGCACUUCGAGUUCGGUAGUCUGCCUGCUUUCAGCAGCAUCACCGUGCACGUGUACCGGGACGCCGACAAGAAAAAGAAGAAGGACAAGAGCAACUACGUCGGCCUGGUGAACAUCCCGGUGCAGGCCGUCAGCGGGCGGCAGUUCGUGGAGAAGUGGUACCCGGUGAGCACACCCACCAGCAGCAAGGCCAAAGGCGGGGGCCCGUCCAUCCGCAUCAAGUGCCGCUUUCAGAGCGUGGCCAUCCUGCCCAUGGAGCAGUACAAGGAGUUCGCGGAGUUUGUCACCAACAACUAUACCAUGCUGUGCUCCGUGCUCGAACCUGUGAUCAGCGUGAGGAAUAAGGAGGAGAUGGCAAGCGCACUAGUGCAUAUACUGCAGAGCACUGGUCGGGCAAAGGACUUUUUGACAGACCUGGUGAUGUCGGAGGUGGACCGCUGUGCAGAUCACGACGUGCUUAUCUUCAGGGAGAACACUCUGGCAACCAAAGCCAUAGAGGAGUACCUCAAACUCGUGGGUCAGAAGUACUUACACGAUGCACUAGGGGAGUUUAUCAAAGCCCUGUACGAGUCGGAUGAGAACUGCGAGGUGGAUCCAUCCAAGUGCUCCAGCAGUGAGCUAGCUGAGCACCAGAGCAACCUGAAGAUGUGCUGCGAGCUGGCGUUCUGCAAGAUCAUCAACUCCUACUGUGUGUUCCCACGUGAGCUGAAAGAGGUGUUCGCCUCCUGGAAGCAGCAGUGCCAGGCACGGGGGAAACAGGACAUCAGCCAGCGCUUGAUAAGUGCCUCGCUGUUCCUGCGCUUCCUGUGUCCGGCCAUCAUGUCGCCGUCGCUCUUCAACCUGAUGCAGGAAUAUCCAGACGACCGCACCUCGCGCACCCUCACCCUCAUCGCCAAGGUUAUCCAGAACCUGGCCAACUUCGCCAAGUUCGGGAACAAAGAGGAAUACAUGGCCUUCAUGAAUGACUUCUUGGAGCACGAGUGGGCUGGCAUGACCCGCUUCCUGCUGGAGAUCUCACACCCUGAAACCAUCUCAAACACGCCCGGCUUCGAGGGCUACAUCGACUUGGGGCGAGAGCUCUCGCUGCUACACGCUCUGCUAUGGGAGGUCGUGUCGCAACUAGACAAGGCGACGGUGGCAAAACUGGGGCCCCUGCCUCGUAUCCUUGGGGACAUCACGCGCUCCUUGUCCAGCCCUACGCCAAUCCACCAGCAGCUGAGACGUUUCCAGGACCACAGCUCUGCACACAACAUCAGCGGCAGCGUCUCCUCGGGGCUGCAGAGGAUUUUUGAGGAUCCAGCUGACAGUGAUAUCCGGAGUAUAAAAUCACCAGUGCAGGAGCACACCGAGGUUUUGUCCCGUAGCAAACCCCCAUUACUGGGUCAGCAUCCCUCCUUGCAUAGCGCCAGCUUCUCGGACAAAGAGGAGCGAGGAAGCCACCUCCCCAACGGACGCAGCAUCUCCCUAAUGGACCUGCAGGACUCGCAGCUCAUCCUCGAAGGCCCACCGAGAAUAGGUCGUGUAGGAUCCCAAGCGUCCAUCGGUCCCCUGCCUCCCCCUCCUCCUGCGCACCACCAUCACCACCACCCGCAGCAACAGCAGGCCAAGGUGGUUACCCUGAGAGAAAACGUCCCUCAGAGCGCCCCGCAGGUCCGCCGCCCCCUGCAGCCCUCGCUCAGCCAGCAGCGCAGCCUGCAGCCGCUCUGCUUCCAGAACCCCGUCUACCAGCUGAGCACCCUGCACGCUCUGCGCUCAGUCCAGUCGCCCCUGCAGCCCCAUUCCAGCUCCGAGAACCUCAGCAGUGCGAGUUCACACAGCGCCAGCCCCAACGCCGCGCCGAGGAAGCGCCUGCCCUCUACAGCCAGCAUCGAAGAGGAGGAGGAGGAGGAGGAAGAGGCUUUGGCGGAUGCCCAACCAGGACCGCAGGUGAUGGUGUUGGCCAGGCAGGCCGGCGCUGGCACGGCGCACAUCGUAAAAGUGGAACAGCAGAGUAGGGCCAACGGGGGGCUGCAACGGUCUCUACCGCAUAGCACCUCACUACGCAGCUGCAGUAGCGUCAACACGGACCCGCAGCACAGCGGACCUGGUUCCAGGCAGCAGUCUACAUGUUCGAGAGACAGCCCCGGACCCAACAGUAGAGCAAACAGACAGCAGGUGCAGUCUCCCGUCGAGUCCGUCACCCUGUCUCCAGUCGAGAGGACGGCAGCGUGGGUGCUGAAUAACGGCCAGUACGACGAGGAGGCAGAGGAAAACCAGAACAAAGAGGACAGCAAGCCUGUAGAAAAGUACGAGCAAGAAAUCUCGAAACUGAAGGAGCGCCUGCGUUUAUCCGGCCGUCGGCUGGAAGAGUACGAGCGUCGGCUGGCGGCGCAGGAGCAGCAGAUGCAGAGGCUGUUGCUGGAGUACAAGACCCGGCUGGAGGACAGCGAGGACCGGCUGCGCAGGCAACAGGAGGAGAAAGACAGCCAGAUGAAGAGCAUUAUCUGCAGGUUGAUGGCAGUGGAAGAGGAGCUGAAGAGAGACCACGCCGAGAUGCAGGCGGUCAUAGAUGCCAAGCAGAAAAUCAUCGACGCACAGGAGAAGCGGAUCAGCUCCCUGGACGCUGCUAACGCGCGCCUCAUGAGCGCCCUGACCCAGGUGAAAGAGCGCUACAGCAUGCACAACCUCCGCAACGGCCUCUCGCCCACCAACCCCACCAAGCUGUCCAUCACCGAGAACGGCGAGUUCAAGAACAGCAGCUGCUGAUCAGGCGAAUAUGGGACCCGUCGAACCACGCAAAACUGUGCCGGCCCCGACUCAGACUCCGACUCCAAGCCGGCGGCCUCGUUCUUUGACUACUACGAUAAAAGAAUGUCUGCUUUUCUAUGUAAAUAGAUUGUAUCUUGUACAGAGAUGUUACCGGACUGUUUUGCAUUGCUUUGCAGGUUGUACCGAGUCACUGACUGGAUUUUAUAUAUGUUAAUAAUCCCGAACCAGGGCUGAGAUCGCGGUCUAAAAGAUUUUUAGUCUAAAAGUAUUGUUUAUCUAAGAUAUGAUAUAUUGAGAUGUACAUAUCAAAGAGAAUCGUUUUAAAAGGACAAGCACACGGAGCGGAAACGGAUUCGGGAAAGUGAGCUGGUUUAUGCACUGUUUUGUAAUACGUCAGAUAUUCAAAUACUGUUUUAUUUAAUCCCCUUAAAUAUGAGUUCUGCUUUAAGUUAACUAAACGUAGGUCAAAUUGAACUAGCCGACGUCUGAUUGGCUGCUUGGAGAGGAAGAAAAUCCGGAUUUGCACAGUUAACGAACCAAAAAAAACGCCAUCAAGGGUUUUUUUUAUUAUUAACUGACAAUAAACAAACAUGAUUUAUUAAUUAAUGAGUUUUAAUGAAGUGCUGUUAGUAAUGUUUUGUUUGCAUUUGGUCCAUUACCGUAGUACGAGCGUUCUUCAAAAAGUUUCCUCCCUUUUAGCGUGCCCGAUUGCCCCAUUGCGUCAUGCUUCCUCUCCACCGAUGUCGAUCCCCUGCUCUGAUUGAGGAGAACGAAGCCGUAUGCAUUUAGUCACCUGCACUUUGACGAGUGCAAUGCGGAUCAGCACUGUGUACGGAGAGACACACCCUGACGGCACUCUUUUCCCGUCUCUGUGCAGGCGCCAUCAAUCAGCCAGCAGAAGUUGUAAUUGCAUUAGUUAUGAGAGAGAGACCCUAUCCGGCUUUUAAUAUCCCACCUCUAUCUGAACAACAGGCCAAUCGUUGUUCAUGUGGCCGCUCAGCCCAAUACGAUGUAUUCGAGAUCCUAGCUCUGGUGUUCUAGCGUGUGUUUUUACCGCUGCGCCACCUGAGCGGCCCGUGGUACCAACCUUCUUUUGGUUUUCCCUUUUUUUCUCCCACUUUAGCGCAUCCAAUUUCUGCCGGUCAAUCAUCCUCUCACAAAUGCUGGUCCCUGCUCCUGACUGGGGAGGACGAGGCUGCUCCACGCCCCCUCCGACACGUGCACGGCAAUCGAACAUCUUAUCACCUACACUUGACGAGUGCAGAGUAGUACAGCGCUGUGUACGGAGAGCCACACCCUCUACCACACUCCUUUCCCAUCUCCGUGCAGGCGCCACCAACCAGCCAGCAGAGGUCGUCAUCGCACUAGUCUGAGAGAGAGUCCCCAUCCGGCUUAAUCCCGCCCCUAUCUGAACAAAAGGCCAAUCGCUGCUCAUGUGGAUGCUCAGCCGGCAGGCAGAGCCGAGAUUCGAAGUGAUGUAUUCGAGAUCCCAGCUCUGGUGAACAGCGUGUGUUUUUAGUGUGUGUUUUUACCGCUGCGCCACCUGAGCGGCCCGUCGUACCAACUUUUUGCACUCUAGCACAUCCAAUUUCUGCCCGUCAAUCAUGAUUGGGGAGGACGCGGCCGCCCCACACCCCUCCGACACGUGCACAGCAAUCGAACAUCUUAUCACCUACACUUGACGAGUGCAGUGUAGUACAGCGCUGUGUAUGGAGAGCCACACCCUCUACCACACUUCUUUCCCAUCUCCGUGCAGGCACCACCAAUCAGCCAGCAGAGGUCCCCCCAUUUUUCUCCCCUAAUCUAGUCGUGUCCGAUUACCCUGAUUGCGUCCUCUAUACUGAUUCGACCCUUCACCGCUGACUGAGGACGCCUCUCAACUGACAUAUGCCCCAGUCAGUACAGACUGCAUUUUUCACCUGCACGAGUCGAGUUCAUACACCGACGAGCACUGUGUACGGAGGGCCACACCCCCAUCAGCGUUAUUCCUCAGCCCUGUGCAGACGCCAUCAGUCAGCCAGCAGGGGCCGCAGUCGCACCAGUUAUGAGGACCCAUGAGCCGACUUUCUUACCCUCUAACCCUGAACAACAGCCAAUCGUUGUUCAUGCAGCCGCCCAGCCCAGUCGGUAAGGCACAGCUGAGAUUCGAUGCGAUGUAUUCGAAACCCCAACUCUGGUGCGCUAGCGUACUUUAAUGCUGCGCCACCUGAGCGGCCACUGAUGCAGCACUGCUUUCACAUCAUCAUCACAUGGAAAUCUUCUUCCCCUUAAAGCUUCUCCGAGUGUCCAAAAAGGUGGAAAGCAGAUGCCGCUAAAUCCGGACUAUAAGCUCUCUCUCUCUCGGUCUCUCAGACACGACCAAUUACUACUCCUCCCCUCCACCCUCACCGUUUCCAAAACCAACCAAAAUAUGAAAGUGCGGAAACUUUUUGAAGAUCCCUAGUACAACGGAUGGCCUUCUCUACUCUAACGCUUUACAAAGCGCCUUGAUCUACUGUCCAAAGAGGAGCUAAUGUAGCACCAGUGCUUGCCUUUCCAAAUCAACAAUGGUGCUUUACACUUACCCAUGUUCAUACACUAUAUGGCCAAAAGUAGUGGACACAAUCAUAAGCCAGUUAGGCGUCCCAUUCCAAAACCGUUGGCGUGAGUAUAAGGUCGACCCCCCACUUUGCAGAUGUCACAGUCUACUGUACUGUCUGUAGAAAUUUGUACCAUGAGGUAAGAGCAUCUCUAAGGUCAAGCAUUGAUGCUGGACAGAAAGGUUUGGCCUGCAAUUGGUCUUCCUAGAGUGUUGAGCAUUGAGGUCAGGUCGAGUUUCUUCACACCACCUCAUUAAACCUUGUCUUUAUUAACCUCACUGUGAUCACAGGGGCAGGAAAGGGCCUUUCUUAAACUGCCACAAAGUUUCCAUACACCUAUUAACAAGCUGUGUGUCUAGGAGUGACACCUGAACUCGAUAAUUAAGACAUGUCCACAUACUUCGGCCAUAUACUGUAAUGUAUUUAACCCUGCAGAUUAGCUGUCAGAUCAUUAGCAUUACAUCCCCAGUACUGCCCUCUUCUCUUGAUCCUAUUUAAUGUUCGGUAAUGACUACUGUGGUUGAGUUUCUAAACAAUGUUGUAGCAAACAGACCUUGGAUGUAUUUAGCAUCGUUCCUCUUCUAUGAAAUGAUGGUGGUUUGUUUUAAACCCUCAUGGACGUAGAACUAGUGGGAAAUAAAGUUGGUUAAGACUCCAUG